AUGACAAUCCGCACCUAUCAUCGCCCAGUAAAGACAUCUGAAGUCGUUGUUGUUUCGCUAUCUCAAGACGGAAAAAUGGCGGGAAAGGGGUCGGCGGCAUCACCGCCAACGCCAAAGAGCGGUGGUGCUCAAUAUCAACAACCACCACAACAGAGUCAACAGCAGCAAAGUCAACGACAGCAGCCUUCAAGAAGUGCAGGCGCAGCAGGACCAAGCAGCACCGUCGACCCAAGUUUGCUGAAAUAUACCGGCGAGCAACGAAUACUCGAACUGAACCGACGAGAACUCGAAAAGGCUUCUAGCGGCGAUAGCGGCGAUCAUGACUGGACCUCCUCCCUCAUCCCCCAUCUGAAGUUAAUCUCCUCGGACCCCUCCCUCCCUCACCCCAAGACUUUCUUCCGAUACACCGUCCAGCCGCAACACUGCAACCGGCUCGGCAACUUACACGGGGGCUGCAUCGCGACCCUCUUCGAUUACUGCACGACCAUGCCUCUUGCUUUGGUUUCCAAGCCAGGAUUCUGGUACUACCUGGGCGUGAGCAGGAACAUCAACACGACCUACCUGCGGCCGAUCCCCGUGGGCACAGAAAUCUUCAUCGAGUGUGAGGUGGUGGCUAUUGGGAAGAGGUUGGCGAGCUUGAGCGGCAAGAUGAGGCGGGCGGUGGAUGGCACGCUGUUGGCUACUUGUGAGCAUGGGAAGGUGAAUACGGAUCCGGAGGCUGGGGGUAAGUUGUGA